AGGAUUUUAAACAGAGCCCUAAAUAUUUGUUAUAUCUUGUUAUUUUAGCUUAAUUCAAUCGUAUAGAGUUGGAGUGAUCUUUUUGGCCCGAGCGUCAUACGUGGAAACAACUACAUAUCCCAGAAUGCUUGAUGCUUUAGUCGCUGUGUGAUUGGUUGUCAGAAACAUGGAGGUCGAAGCUCGUGUACUGCAGGUUGUUUGAACUUGACUUUGCGGCGGAGUAAACUGGUAUUCAUUGAUGUUAUUGUUUCUAAGUUUAUAUUUUAUGUUAUAGACACAAUGUUCGCGGUGCUAACGCAUUAAUACACGACAGGUUCAUGUUUUUUCGGCUAAAAUAUCAGAGCUCGCGCGGUGUGUGUGUUAUUGUGUAAUAAACAUGAAGUUUGGAAACAUGCGUGUGUUUGGGAAGCUGAUGUGUCUCAGGCUGAAUAAACACACAGGAAGUGUUAAAACCUUCAGCACUUCUCCUAGCCUUCAGUCUGUAAUGCACGCCUGGGUUAUUGAUCAAUACGGAGACAACAGUGUGUUAAGAUUCACCAAAAACGCAGCUUUCCCCAUCAUACACUACCCCAAUGAGGUGAUCAUCAAAGUGCAUGCAGCUGGACUCAACCCCCUGGAUGUCAAUAUGAGAGGAGGUUACGGAGCUGCCACUAUGGCCAUGAAGCGUGACCCUCUGAACAUUAACAAGUCAGGCAGCGAGUUUCCUCUGAUCCUGGGUCGUGACGUCUCAGGGGUGAUCAUGGAGUGCGGCCUGGACGUCGGUUACUUCAAACCAGGAGACGAGGUUUGGGCUGCGAUUCCUCCGUGGAAGCAGGGCAGUUUGGCCGAGUUUGUGGUGCUCAGCGCUAACGAGGUGUCUCACAAGCCCAAGUCGUUGGGUCACACAGACGCAGUGUCUAUCCCAUACGUCGCAGCUACGGCCUGGUCGGCUCUCGUCAACACGGGCGGCCUGAACAAAGACAACUGCUGUAAAAAACGGAUCCUCAUCCUUGGUGGUUCAGGUGGGGUUGGAACGUUUGCCAUACAGUUGCUGAAGUCGUGGGGCGCUCAUGUGACCGUGACAUGUUCCCAGAAUGCCGAGGGGCUUGUGCGGAGUUUAGGAGCUGACGAUGUAGUGGACUACAGCAGCGGGUCUGUGGAGGGGAAACUUCACGCUCAGGACAAAUUCGAUCUGGUUCUUGAUAACGUCGGUGGAGAGACGGAGAAAUGGGCACUGGCGCUCCUCAAGCCCUGGUCUGGUGCCAAGUACGUUACCUUGGUAACACCGUUCCUUCGCAACACCGACCAGCUCGGCCUUGCUGACGGCAUGAUGCAGACCGCCGUCACUGUAGCAACUAAGGCACUGAAGCACCUGAGAAAAGGUGUGCACUAUCGCUGGGGGUUCUUCGCUCCGAGCGGCUCGGCUCUGGACGACGUGAGUGAAAUCGUGGACGCAGGAAAGAUCCGUCCAGUGGUGGAGAAGACAUUCUCCUUCUCUCAGGUCCCCGAGGCCAUGCAGAAAGUGGAACAGGGCCACGCCCGCGGCAAAACUGUAGUAACUGUUGUCAAAGACGAGGACAAGUGACCACAGCAGAAAAGACAAGGAAAUGCAUUUCACUAAGGACAGGUCUUAAAAAAAUGAAACCAGUGAUCAGGAUUAGACUUCACCCUGAAUGACAGAAAAAAAGACCCAGAAAAACGCAGAUGUACGGUGUGAUCUGAUAAUACAAUCAAAUGUGAAUCAGAUUAUCUAUGAAUAUGAAGCGUUUCGUAUUAGAAAUAUCUCCCAGAAGUAAAUUGUGCAUUACAGAUAUCCUGAUAAUGGCUGCAGUUCUUUCAGGAAACAGAUUCUUACUCACGACGUACAGAAACCACCACAGUGGUUGUUUUAUAACACUUCCGUCCUGUUACCGUAAUUAAUAUAUAAUAAUAAUACUCGGACUCAUGCGCUGUGUACACACAUCUCUCUGAAUAAAGGUGAUAAAUACGAAUAUUACAAGCGGUUUAAAUCUGUUGUAUCUGAUUAUUUUCACAGGUUCUAAUAAUUGAGCUUCUGCAGCUCUGUGAUGGACGUUAGAACACUCGUUCUGCAAAAUACAAACUUAAAUGUUCAAAUAUGACCUGAUGUUAGCACUGGUCAAUAAGGCAAGGAGAUUUUAUUUAGCGUUGGAUAACAUGUGCUGUUUUGUGCUUCUUCCACCGACAGUGUGAGCAUCGUGCCAUAGAUGUGGUUAUGAUAAUGUUAGCACCAGAGGUGGGAGGAAAACUGAGUAUGUGUAAUUUGUACUGUGUUUUUUUAUAUGUACCUAAGUACUGUUUUACAUAUCUCUACUUUAACUUGAGUAGUCUUAUUAGAUCUUUUUUUUUUUUUUACUUCACUGUGUUGUACAGCAAUUUUUGCUUGUACUUAACUACAUUUCUGCAUGGUGUUGUGUUACAUAACCACAUUAGUGUGUAGUAUUUAACGCACACAUUUGGCCACCCGCCACUCACCUAAAACUUCAGUAAAUUUCAAGGUGAGUACUUUUAUACUUUUUGUCAGGUAAAGUGUUUGUUCUACUACAUCUUGUAAUUUCCACCCUUCAGCUAGGAAUACAUCACUACAUACAUCAGUUUUGAGCUUUUCAAUAGCAUUUAAACUCGUACAUUUACCUUUAACGUGUGGAAGAAAAAAAGUUAUUGGUGUCUUGGUUUACAAGUACAUGUAUCACGCAUAACACAGAAACUGCUCUGUCGUGAUUCUUUUCAAAGGUAAAGUGCAGGUUAAUUAGUUUUAUUUUUACAGCAGUGAUUCCGUUAGUGUGUCACUCAGUCGAGUGUCAUUAGAGAGAUUUUUUUGUUUAUUCUUUUCAAUAAAAGUGUUUCCGUUGUGUAUGCGUGUGUGAAAAGAGCUCAGUGGUUAAGGCAUUGGACUACGGUUCGGAAGAUCCCAGGUUCAAACCCCACAACCACCAAGUUGCCACUGUUGGGCCCUUGAGCAAGGCCUUUAACCCUCAACUGCUUAGAUGUGUAAUAAGAUAAAAAUGUAAGUCGCUCUGGAUAAGAGCGUC